AUGUUGAGUGAACUCGCAUGGAAUUCACCUCCCCUCGACACAAGGACCACAUCCCUCCGGCAUGCCUGGAACUGGGCAAAGAUCAAGCCUGACCCCAAGAACCCGUUUUUUGCCAAGCGGAGUACUAAGAACACACCUCAUACUGCUGUUGUCCUCCUGCGCAACGCCGAAGUACCCAUGCUUCAAAUACAGCCUCCGGUGUUCAUGCCCUCUACGAGUGAAGAAGUGCAACAUUCCCUCAACAUCUUACUGUUCAUGUCCGACUUCAACAACGAACCGCGGCCACUCGCUGUCAAUGUCCUCGCCUGCUCCUCCACCGGAUUGAUCCAUUACAUUCAGAUCGCCAACCAACACCUCUCUUUGAUCUUACCGACCUACAACAUCACCAAUGGAGGGCGACAGCCUGAGCUGAUCCCACCACUCUUAAAGACCUUCCUGGAAUCCUCGGCAUAUACAAAGAUCGGAUUUGGAGCAUACGAGGACUCUGCGCGGAUCAAGGACCAAUACGGCAUCGCGAUCAAGAACAUCCUUGAUAUCCACUGGAUGGCCAAGGUCAUGGGCAUUGGAUCUUCCAGCGUGGGGAUGCUACAUGAUGUGUUUGGAGAAGUACACGACGUCUAUAUACCCGGUAGAAUUCAUCCUGGCGGCAACCAUUCCAGGCAAGCAGAUCGGCAGCAGGUACAGCAGGGCCGAUCACAGCAACAGCCUCAGCAGAGUCCACAGGAAGGAGCAAUCAUUGAUCCGCGCCGAUGGGACUGGGAGUCGCACGGGAACCUUGAGCUCUCCAGGGAGCUUGUCCGGUGUGUAGCGCAGGAUGCCUUUGCGACGCUGAAGAUGUACGAUAACAUUGUAAAUCAAAAGUUCAAGCCCGGCUACCAACCUGGACUUAUUGACCCCCGGAUAACAGUUGAUCGGGCAAGAAACUUUUUGCUUACCAGCGUGCCACGAGGAACGAGGGAUGCCUUGGCGCUGGCGCUGAUGAGGCAACUGAUUGACAGCCGGGAACUCGUUGCGGACAGGGCAGAUCCGGCACCCUUUUCUUUCCAGGAUCCAUCAAUUCUCGGUCGGAAAGUUGUGUUGCCUGGCGUCCGAUCUAGUGACGCGAUCUUGAGUCAACAGCAUAGCAGGAAGGUCAUCGCCGAGGUAUUCGGGUGUCGUCCGGACGAGUUGAGACUGAUGCAGGAUUCGGAUAUGACCAGGAAACCCGACAAAAUUCAGGACCUGGAGUGUUUCUUGGGUGUCUACGAGUGGCUCGAGUUCCUGCCAGGUGCAGAGCUGGACGAGCCUUCGUCAUCUGUUUCUCGGGAUCGGGUUCAAAAGCGUGUCGGCGCUCAAGACGAUACAAACGCUACUCCAACCUCGAGUCGGAAGCUGCCAACCUUGCUGGCAUUGUUCUUAAACUUUGGUACUGUGGCACGACGUGCCAAUGAUAGGCCGGUAGAGACCAAGCAAUGGGUGAUUCAGCGGAUAGAGAAGCUUGUCCAACAAGGAGCCCUUCUUCGAUCAACAGGGCCAGAUGGGUGGAUCCGCAUCAACCCCUCCCUACUUCGACGACUUAAACGGACCGAUAAUAAACCUUCAUCGACCAAUUGA